AAAGAUGAUGAGCAAUACCAAGAACCUUCAACCUGUGAUUUCCUUCCUAGUUGGUGCAUCACUUGCCACAGCUUUCAUACUCUUCAUAUUAUCUGCAAGAAAAGGCAACAAUAUUGGAACUCUCAUGGCUUCUAUUGAAGAGAUCACUACAACAACAACAACAACAACUAAUGAUAAGUUGACACCUCCUCCUUUUGAAGAGAAUGAAACAAAGAUGGUCUCUAAUGAAGAGAUCAACACAACAAAGAUUACUAGUGGAACUCCUCCUCAAGAGAAUGAAACAAAGGUGGUUUCCAUUGAAGAGACCACUACUCCUUCAGAGAAUGAAACAAAGAUGUUGUUGGCUCCAAUAGCACAGGAAAAUAACCAGGACUUGCUCAAGCUUCUGCAAAGAGCGGCUACCGAAGAUCGCACCGUGAUCAUCACCUCGGUGAACAAAGCGUGGGCAGCGCCAAACUCUCUCCUCGACCUCUUCCUUGAGAGCUUUCGGAUUGGCGACAACAUCGAGCAUCUUUUGAAUCAUCUAAUCGUAGUUACAUUGGAUAAAAAGGCAUUCGAAAGGUGCAAAGCUGUACACUCUCAUUGCUAUUUCCUGUACGUAGAAGGUGCUAAGUUUGAUGAGGAGAAAGUGUACAUGUCAAAGGACUACCUUGAUUUGGUAUGGAGCAAAGUCAAACUACAGCAACACAUACUCGAGCUUGGAUACAACUUCCUUUUCACGGAUGUAGACAUCGUAUGGCUUCGAAAUCCUUUUGAGAAGAUGUCUGCUGCUGCGCACAUAUCGACCUCAUGCGAUUUCUACUUCGGUGAUCCCAACAGUCCAAUAAACUUCCCCAAUACUGGAUUUCUAUUCGUAAAGUCCUACAAAAAGAACAUCGAACUGUUCGAGUACUGGCACGAAUCGAGAGAGAAGUUUCCCGGCAACCACGAGCAAUUCGUGUUCAACCAGAUCAAGUUCGAACUAGCAGACCGAUUCCGAGUGAACAUACAGUAUUUGGAUCCAGCCAAUUUCGGCGGAUUCUGCAACCACACGAAAGGCCUCGACACGAUCUACACCAUGCACGCGAAUUGCUGCGUCGGUCUCCAAGCGAAGCUUCACGAUUUGCGAAGUGUUCUUGAUGAUUGGAAGGUGUACAAAGCUUUAACUACUGAUGAGGAGAAGAGGAGGGGGCAAUUUACUUGGAGAGCUGGUAUAUGUCUUCACUGAGAAUAUGUUACACUGUGAACUUGUUACUAGCUAGGGUUGCCAACAAUUAUUAUCAAACAUUAAAAAACACAAAAAAAGAGAAAACAAUAGUUGAAAUUGAUUUGUUUUCUUUUUAGGAGGAAUAAAUUUCUUUGUGCAUUGUUGAUAAGAGGUGUGUUGAAAUUCGACUUGUAAGAAAUGAAAUAUUAUCCUUGAAUAUAAUGUUCAAUUUUAUAAA